AUGGCGUCUAAACAAGUAGAAAAAUGCCUUACUGAAGAAAAAAAUGAAGAGUUGAUUUUUGAAUCUGGGCCACCAAAGCGUGGACGUGUAGCAAAAGCUUACGAAGACUGUGAAUUUCGGACGAGUAAGCCCGUUCAUAUGCCUAUCAAGAAUAAAGCAAACCCACCGAAAAAACGCACACGCAUAGCUGAACCCACGAAAUUACUCUCCGAGACUGAACCGUCUGCAAGUAAAUCAAAAAAAUAUCCGAAGUCACGUAAACCAGCUCAGAAAUGGAACUUGGAGGAAGAUAAAAUAUUGGUUGACUUUAUGUUUGGAUUGAUUCAGAACAUACCGUGGAACGACCUAGCCAAAGAGUUACCUAAUCGUGAUAUAAAGAGUAUGCAAAACAGAUGGGCCUAUAUUAGGAGGGCAGGGUUUAGAGUGACACCAGCGAGAGAUAAUA